CAGACUAAAAGUGUUGAUCUCUAUUUAUCCAUAUUUUGUUAUUUAUCUUUUUUUUUUUUAGCAGCAAGAUUUAUUAUAAUCUCAAGGGAAUUUCAGUAUUUUCAUUUCACUUGCUUUAUUUAUAUAUGUAUGUAUGUCUCCGAAUGCUUAUUUAGAAGACAUGUACUGACCUGGGAGCUUAAUUUCUAUCAGUUUGUUGCUCAAGAACUGAUUGUAUCAAUCUUAUACUGUCCACAGGAUCCAAAGCACAGCUAGAACAAAUUUCAUAGCGAUGGAUGUAUUCAUGAAAGGGCUCUCCAAAGCUAGAGAGGGAGUUGUAGCAGCUGCUGAAAAAACGAAGCAGGGUGUGGCGGAAGCAGCAGGGAAGACAAAAGAGGGCGUUCUAUAUAUGGGCUCCAAAACCAGGGACGGAGUUGUUCAUGGAGUAACAACAGUGGCUGAGAAGACAAAAGAACAAGUGUCUAAUGUUGGAGGAGCAGUUGUCACAGGAGUGACAGCAGUUGCACACAAGACAGUAGAGGGAGCUGGGAACAUUGCUGCAGCCACUGGUCUAGUAAAGAAAGAUCAAGUAGCUAAACAGAAUGAAGAAGGAUUUGGACAAGAGGGGAUUGUGGCACAUACAGAAAAUAUGUCAAUUAAUCCAAAUAAUGACUCUUACGGAAUGCCCCCUGAGGAUGAAUAUCAAGAUUACGAUCCUGAAGCUUAAAAAUUUCUGCGCAAGUGACAUCAACAAAAAAUGCUCUGUUUCUCAGCCAUUGGAAUUUUUUUGGAACUUUUUUUUUUUUUUCCUCAAGUGUUUCAGUAAGUCUUCCAUCAACAAUAACAGCAACACUGCAGUCAGUUGUUCAAUUUGUCAACCACCUACAAAGAUGGACCGCAAAUCAUCAGGGUCUUUUUUUUAUUGUGCUAUGAAUGUUGUGGCUUUAAUUUUAGACAAAAGAAAAUUUAAAAAGGAAAAAAAAAAUACACCUAAGUGUCUACAGAUGUUCCACUUUAUAAAAUUGUACUUGUAUCAUUGAUGUUUUUCGAGUGGUUUCGUAUUUUGCUAAACUUUUUGUACGUUUAUUAUGUUAUUAAUGUAAAGUUUUGUGCAGCAAAGUUGUGAUAGCUAUUUCUACCUAACUGACAUGAAGCAUGAACUAUGCACCGGACAAUUUUCCAAUACUGUUUUGUGUUUCAUUGAUUUGUGUUUUUAAAUAAAUGUGUUGAUAUUUGAAGAGUAACUAUAAAAUAUAUUAAAUAAAGAUUAACAUUUAUGUUAA